CUGAGGGUGCCCCAACUGGUGAACAAGCUGAACUUGACAGUCUUGACCCUUUCCUUAUUGCCUCGACUACAGAACACCCUGAUACUAGCAAACUAGAUGUUUCUAACAGUGCCCCAAUUGAUAAUUCUGAUCUAAGUAGCCUUGACCCAUUUAACAAUGCCCCUAACUCUGAUAGCAUAGAUCUUGGUAGCCUUGACCCAUUCAACAAACCUCCAAGUUCUGAUAUGAGUAACCUUGACCCCUUUCUCAGUGGCUCCACCAAUGAACAGCUCCAAGAACUAGAAUCAGAGUCAAAUGGUAUUGCAGUUGAGACUGACUACCUCCCAGAUUUAGACCCUCUGAAAGGCACUAUGGACAUUGUUGGCUCUAGGAAAUCUUCAUUCGCAACAGGUGCUGGCCUUAUUCCCGAAAGUCAAAGUUUCGACCAAGCAAUUUCUGAUUUGCAAGCAAAAUCUCAAGCCUUUGAGAUAUCCUCCACUGAUUUGAGUCCAGUCAGCGAUGUCACUUCUAAUGGUGAUACAACCUCCAACAGUGAACAAAGUGUUGUUACACCGGAGCUAAUGAGCCCAAUGCCUGUUGAAGCAAAGACUGCCAGCCUGGAUUUAGCAGCUCUUAUACCUAGUAAAGACACAGUGAAUUCCAAGAGUGAAAGCUUUGAUGCCAAAGGGAGUGAUAUUAAUCCUCAAGUACUUAGCUCAGAUUUAGGAAGUUUGGUUCCUAAUGAGACUCCACCUGUUCCCCUCAUCCCAGAGACCGCUGACGACCUCUCAGCUACAGUGAAAAGAGCAGAUGAUGUAGACUGCACUGUAGGCCCAAUUAGGAAGUUAAGGUCCCCUUAUCCUGAUAGUGAGUCAGACCAAGAGACUAGCGCAAGUGAGGAGACUAAUCCAUCUAUCAGUACAAGCUCAAAUACAGAGGGGAGUUAUCAAAUCAACAGUCCAACGGAUGAAUCACCAAUUCUUGAUACAACCCCCCAUUUGUUGGAUAACAUAUCUGAGAGGGAGGAUGAUUCAUCCCUAGAACAGCAGGCUGAUGAAAACACUGUACGCUCUCCCUCUGUUGAUAGCUUUACAAACAUAGCAGAAAUCCCAUCAUCCCAGAUAGUAGAUACACCUGAAAUGACUUUGAAUACAUUUGAAGAGUUGAAUAAAGUGGAACAUAUAACUUCCACAAGAGGGGAUGAAAUUAAGAUCAAGGAACUAGAAGUAGCCACUGAGUUGGUACAAAGUGUUAUAAAAGAUGCAAGUGAAAUAGUCAUGAAAGAUGAAGAAAAUCAAGCAGUAGAUAUAACCAAGGAUGUUAUUGAAAAUAUGAACAAAGACAGUAACAUUCAUCCUGGGUCUGAUGCAGCUGAAAGUAAUGAUUUGGAAACAAACUGUGAACAGAAUGAUGUUGAUACAAAUGAUGAGCAAAAAAUUGAAGUUGCUAAGGGUAUUGUCAAACAGGUGAUUAAAAAUGCAAAAGACAUUUUAGUGAAUGAACAAUUAAUGUUGAAACAGAAAGAACCAAAUAAUGAAAUACAAAAUCAUAUUGAAGAAACGCAAGCAGCUAAUGAUGCCACAAAACAAGAAAAUCAAAUCCAAAAUAUCAGUGACUCUACCGAGGAGAAAGAUGUAGCAGAAACAAUAGUCAGUGAAGCUUUUAAAGAUGCUAAACAAACUAUAGAAAAAGAUGUCCAAAAUGGAGAAAAGGACAUGGGGAAUGAACUAGUCAGUCAAAUAUUUUUAAGUGCUCAAGAACAAUUAAAUGGGAAUGAAUCGGAGCCCCCAAAAGUGCCUGAAAAUGUAAAUAGCUCUAAUUUACUUAGCAGUCGAUCAGAAGAGGUUCUUCAAGGGGUUGCCUCAUCUAGUGUUGCCUCAACUAACAAUGGUGCCUCUCUUCUAGAUGAGUUGAAAGAGGUUGAUAAUGGAAAGCUAGGAGCUGCUUCAGAAAAUGAAGAGAAUGGCACUAUGACGUUGAUAAAUUCCAUGGAAACGAGCCAAGCAGACUUGGUUGCUGGUGACAACCAUUCAGAAAUGGUUGCCAUGACAUUGGAAACACAAAUCAAAACUCAAACAGAAACAAAAUCACAAUCAGAUGUUUCUAACAUUGAAAUUCAAAAUAUUGAGACGAAUGAUAUUCCAGUUGCCACAGAAACAAUUUCUGACAAUGUUAGGAAAACGCCUGAAAACAUAUCUAGUGAAAAUAUAGAUAAACCAUUGGACAAACCAGUGUCAAAUGAUUUUAUUGAACCAGAAGUUGCUGCAACUGUUGAACACACUGUUGAAAAUAUAGUUAACAAAACUGUAGAACUAGGAGUUAAUGAAGUGCCUUAUAAGAGUGAAAGUGCAGUGGAUAAUAAAGCAAGUGCAGUUGAUAUUAUUCAAAGUGCAGUUGAUAUUGAGAAUAAAAGUGCAGAAACUGUUAAAGAAAGUGCAUCUGAACAAGAUGCCAGGACUAUCUUACCAAGUGCAAUAACUGUAAGUGCUUUGACUAACAGUGAAACAAACGACAGUGCUCCUCUGGAGAAAGUGCCACUUAAUAGUGCCCAUGCUAACAUUGAAACACAAGAAAGCGCUGUAACUAAAAUUGAAACACCAGAAAGUGCUGUGAC